AUGACGGAAACGUUACACUUACUGCGACUAAAACCAUACGGAAUUACGCAAUGGUGAAAGCACAAGAGUUUUAUCCUGGAAGAAUUAUUGUCCGAAUUGUUACUAUUUCCCUCUAAAUUUUUACAUUAUGCAUUGUGUAAUAACCCAUUCAUCUUUUUCUACUACAUCUUCUUUAAUGAGAGAUACUCUAUGCUGUUGUUAAUUGAUUUCAAAGAUAGUAAGCUAUUAUAUUUUGCUAUACGAAUGUCGAAUAGAGUUAUUUUCUUUUUACACAAUUUUAAUGUAAUUUGCAGAUUAUUUUCACAUUUAUUCUCAAAGGUAACAGGUUAAUAUAAUGUGAAUCGAUAGGUUCAAUGUGCAGCUAUUAGGGAACUAAAAAUGAGAGCGAAACUUUUGCUACUCUGUCGGAAGCGCGUCACGUACACGCCUUCGAAGCUAUUUGCGAUGCAUCGAGGGCUGCGAUGAGCAUCGGUUCACGUACAUUCACAAAUGACAACUCCGUACACCUAUAAAUACGUUUGUCACUAGAAAUCGAACAGUCAGUUUCCUUCUUGACUUUCGUUUGAUCAUAAGAUUAUCCAAAACACUAAUCGAUAUGGCUUUCAAGCAAGUGGUUAUCGUGCUGGCGGUCGCUAUAUUUACUACAUGCAAGGGAGCUGCAGUUCCUUUACCAGCAGUACCAUUAGCUAAACUUGCACCAGUGAAUCCAGCAUUUAAUUACGAUCCUCAUCCACAAUACACUUACGCUUAUGACGUCCAGGACACUUUAACAGGAGAUUCGAAAACUCAGCAAGAAACUAGAAAUGGCGACAUAGUCAGUGGUAGCUACAGUUUCAUCGAAGCUGAUGGCACCAGGAGGAUUGUCGAGUACACGGCGGAUCCUGUGAAUGGAUUCAACGCGGUUGUCCACAGAGAACCUGUGGCUGUCAUUAAACCUGCCCUGAAAGUCGCUCCAGUGGCUUUUCAUCCUUAGACAGUUUUAAUACUUUAUAAUUUAUACUUAUCCUGGUGGAGAAAGAAGGUUAGGUUUGACCUAAAUGGUACAUGGAAUUUAUUAACUUCAUGAGGAAGAAUUUUAGCUUCAAUUUAUUUUCUCAUCUCGUUUUAAUAAGCAGAAUAUAACAUUAAAUUGGUAUCAGUAUGAAAAAGAUUCAUUCGUUGCGAAAUGAAAUGAAUUUUAUGUCAUUUAAGUCAUGCGUUGCUUAGUGCUUGCUUGUAAUACAGAAGAAAUUUAUAUUUACCGUUUUGUACCGCUUACUAUGUAACUAGUCAUAUUACACUGUACAUACUGCAAUUAUUUUGUAAUGAAAUGUUUAUAUUAAAAACUUUUUUAAAAUA